AUGCCCAAAGCCAAAGAACCAGUAACCGGCGCGGCUAUUGCACAAGCCCAGCAAGACGCAAGUUCGGAAGGCAUCGACAGCUUCGAGCUCCCCCGCAGCCUCAUCGUGAAGCUCGCUCGUGCGUCGCAGGUCCCGGACAACACCAAGUUCUCAAAGGAGGUCAUCCUCGCCAUCCUGAAAGCUUCCACCGUCUUCAUUAACUAUCUAGCCGCAAAUGCCCACGAGGUCGCAAGCCAAAAGCAACACAAGAGCAUCUCAGCGUCGGACGUGCUAAGGGCGUUGGAGCAGGCGGAGUUCGCAGACAUCGCGAAGACCAUCUCAGGGGAGCUCCAAGUCUACCGCGAGGUCCAGAAGUCGGACAAACGGAAAGGCGGGAAGGGCAAAGCCAAGGACACGUCCGAGACCGCUUCCACCUCAUCCAAAGGGAAGGGCAAAGCCAAAGCCGCCUCGUCGGAACAAGACACGCCUGGUGGUACACCGACUAUCGUCAUCCCUGGCGGCGCUGCCUCCGCUUCCGCAUCUCGUGGUCCACCAGCGGGUGGCGACGGAGCCGUUGACGAGGACCAAGAGAUGGCCGACCAAGACCAGGAGGACGAGGACGAGGAAGACGAGGAUAUGGAGGAAGAUGAGGACGAAGGAGAGCCGGAAGAGCCGGAAGAUACGAUGGCGUUGGAGGAGGAGGAUUUGCAGAGGGACGCGCGAGGAGUGGAUCAACCGGGUGAGCGUGUCGACGACGAGUGA